CUCCCACCUCUCCAUUCUUCCAUUCUUCACUCUUCCUCUCAACUGCUACUGCUAUAACCCUACAACUCUGCAUCUGCCGUCUUUCGCACCUCUCAUCAGCUCCCCCACUACUAUCCGUCUACGUCCCUUCCAUUGCUCAACAGCCGCCAUGUCUGGUGUGAACAAGGCCUGCUGCUCGAUCCCCCCCGUCGUCGCCAAGGGCUACCAGCCCAAGGGCGAAUACAAGACCAUCGGAGGCCUGAAGACCUACGUUACCGGUCCGGAGUCCGCAACCAAGGCCAUCCUGGUUAUCUACGACAUUUUCGGUUUCUUCGACCAGACCGUCCAAGGCGCCGACAUUCUCGCCCACUCCAGCUCGCAGAAGUACCGCGUGUUCAUCCCUGAUUUCUUCGAAGGCUCCCCCGCGCACAUCACCUGGUUCCCGCCGCAGAACGACGACCACAAGCACAAGCUGGGCAACUUCUUCAAGACCAAGGCCGCCCCGCCCAACACCCUCCCAAAGAUCCCCGGUAUUGUGUCCGAGGCCAACCAACUGGCAUCGGGCGAGAAGUUCGAGUCCUGGUCCAUCCUCGGGUACUGUUGGGGCGGCAAGAUCGCGACGCUGGCCACCGGCCAGGACAACUCCAUCUUCAAGGCGGCCGUGCAGUGCCACCCGGCGAUGCUCGAUCCCGAGGACGCCAAAAAGGUCAACGUGCCCAUGGCGGUUCUAGCAUCCAAGGAUGAGAAUCCCGAGGAUGUCGAGAAGUUCGGCAACAACCUGACCAAGCCGGGCUACGUCGAGACCUUCCCCACGCAGAUCCACGGGUGGAUGGCGGCGCGGUCGAACCUGGAGGAUGAGGAGGUGAAGAAGGAGUAUGAGCGGGGGUACAAGACUGCUCUGGAGUUCUUGCAAAAGCAUGCUUAAGUGUUGUAAAGGUGUAUGUGUAAUGUAGGAAAUUCGUUCGGCAAAUUGUGAGCUGUCUAUGUAGCUUGAUAUGAAAGUGAUGAGCACCAAAUUUGAACAGCA